UGUGGAGGGGUGAACCAGUGAACGCUUAGGGAGACGUGACAUACUGACUGGAAUCUGGAGACGAAGGUAAAACCCAACGGGCCAGCUGUGAUUAAACGACGGGUGAUUGGCCUGGAACACCGGUCUGAUGACGUCCACGCUGCAGGUCGCUGAAUACGACGGAUCUCAAGACGAGGGAUCAAGCCCAAAGAAGAAAAGAGAUGUUUGGAGAGGCGUCAGACCACUGCAGAUAGCAGAAUAUGAUACAUUAAAAGAAGAGAAAUCGUGCACAAAACAUUUUAGGGAAUUUCAGAGUGGCGUGUGUGCUCCACUAACUGGUAUGGACAGUGGGGCGGAUGAACGAGGAUCAUAUCCGAGGUGGGUGACAUCAUCUGGAAUUGCUGCUUUGAUUCUGUUUCUGUUGUGUAUUCUCCUACUGGCUGGGAUCAUUGGCCUUUCUGUUCACUAUAACAAAGUGAUCAGUCGUUACAACAUUGCAAGAUCCCAGUCAUCCACUUACAUUAAACAGACUGAAGAGAAAUACCAUUUCAAGGCAGGUUACAACAACCUGACUAAAGAGAGAGACCAGUUAAAGCUCAGUUACAACAACCUGACCAAAGAGAGAGACCAGUUAAAGGCCAGUAACAACAACCUGACUGAAGAGAGAGACCAGUUAAAGGUCAGUUACAACAACCUGAUCAAAGAGAGAGACCACUUGAAGGUCAGUAACACCAACCUAACUGAAGAGAGAGACCAGUUAAAGGCCAGUAACAACAACCUGACUGAAGAGAGAGACCAGUUAAAGGUCAGUUACACCAACCUAACUGAGAGAGACCAGUUAGAAGCCAGUAACAAGAACCUGACUGAAGAGAGAGACCAGUUAAAGAUCAGUUACAUCCACCUGACCAAAGAGAGAGACCACUUGAAGGUCAGUUACACCAACCUAACUGAAGAGAGAGACAAGUUAAAGGUCAAUCAAAACAACCUGACUGAAGAGAGAGACCAGUUAAAGGUCAGUUACAACAACCUGAUCAAAGAGAGAGACCACUUGAAGAUCAGUUACACCAAUCUGACUGAAGAGAGUGACCAGGUAAAGGCCAGUUACAACAACCUGACUGAAGAGAGAGACCAGUUAAAGGCCAGUUACAACCACCUGACUAAAGAACGAGACCAGUUGAAGGCCAGUUACAGAAACCUGACUGAAGAGAGAGACCAGCUGAAUGAAACGCUAAACCUUUGGAACAGUGGGUGGAAAAAAUUUGGUUCCAGUUGGUACUUCCUCUCUAAACAGAAGAACACCUGGACUGCCAGCAGAGAGGACUGUCUGAAGAGAGGAGCUCAUCUGGUGAUCAUCAACAGUGAGGCAGAACAGAGAUUCAUCUAUAGAUUAGGUGAAUCCCUUUCCGCCCACAUCGGUUUACAUGACAUGAAUACAGAGGGGGAUUGGGAGUGGGUUGAUGACGGACCAUCCAGAAAAUCAUCAACUCCUGACAUCACGUUCUGGAAUGAUGGGGAACCAAACAAUUCCGGGGGGGAGGACUGUGCUGAGAUUGUAACCAAGGCAAAAAACCCAUUAAAGAGCUGGAAUGACAUACCAUGCAGUAAGAAUAUUAACUGGGUGUGUGAGAAGACCCCAUCUGCAUUCUAAUAUAAUGUCUUUAAAAAUGAAAUGUCUACAGUAUAAAGGUUUGAGCCGUCUUCCCAGUGCUUCCUGUAGCAAACCAGUAGAUGCUAAACCACCAACACACCCCCUCAUUUUUAUAAAGUUAGGCUGGAUCAGUCUGUUAUUCGCCCCAAAGUAGUUGUGCCCCAGAGCAAGACAUCUGACUUGCCAAGUAGGGGAGUGUUUAUUAGUCGGUCUUGGUUAUGUUUCUGUGGUCACCACACAUUGUACAUGUCAAGCCCACAAUCUGUGCUAGACAGGUAAUGCCAACCCUAAAUACUAUAUGUCCUGUAAUAUUUUCUGUCACAUUUUCAAAAGGAUCACACAUUGAAAUGAUGAUGAAUCUGUGCUUUAAUUUUAUUUUCACAGGCCAGGUAUAUAUUAUUGAGUGCCAUAUGUUAUGUCUUCUGUAUUAUACUUUUUUUUACAUGUGGAAUAAAACAGGUGAACUGAUA